GAAGUGAAGCAUGUUGGCUAACCCAGCAGCUAAAGGACUGUGAGGUGCGUUUGUGUUCAGUGAGUUUUAGCGGUGUUUUUGUGAGUUAACGUCGGUGUGUGUGACUCUGAGAUGACUGUUGGCACAUAAACAAUAACCGCUCUUUCUCUCCAGACCCAAAGAUGAUUGAACCAGAGGUACUGACCGAGGUCCCCGCAGCUCUGAAGCGGCUGGCCAAGCAGGUCGUGAGGGGUUUUUAUGGUCUGGAGCAUGCUUUGGCGCUGGAUGUGCUGAUCCGUAACCCAUGUGUGCGUGAGGAGGACAUGCUGGAGCUGCUCAAGUAUGACCGCAAACAGCUGCGCUCAGUACUCAAUACCCUAAAAGCAGACAAGUUUGUGAAGUGCCGCAUGAGAGUGGAGACGGCGCCCGAUGGCAAGACAACGAGACACAACUACUACUUCAUUAAUUACAGGGUACUGGUCAAUGUGGUCAAGUAUAAACUGGAUCACAUGCGACGACGCAUUGAAACAGAUGAGCGAGACUCCACCAACCGUGCUUCCUUCCGGUGUCCCUGCUGCUUCUCCACCUUCACCGACCUCGAGGCCAACCAACUCUUUGACCCUAUGACAGGUACAUUUCGCUGUACCUUCUGCCAGACGGAGGUAGAAGAGGAUGAGUCCGUCUGUCCUGACGCCAGGACGCUCGUGGCGCGCUUCAACGAGCAGAUCGAGCCCAUUUACGUGCUGCUCCGUGAAACUGAGGACGUGAACUUGUCCCAUGAACUGCUGGAGCCUGAGCCUUCUGAGAUUCCUGCUCUCAAACAGAGCCGAGAACGUGCUGCGGCAUCAGGAGCCAACGCAGCGAGCGGCCCGCACCGUGAAGCCUGGUCGAGCAAAGGAUCGACUUACGCUGAUCUGUACACCCAGAACGUGGUCAUCAACAUGGACCAGGAGGAGCAGCAGAAACAGGCUGGCGAUAGCAAGGCGCCAAAGGAGAGGCCGGUGUGGCUGACUCAGAGCACCGUACAGGGCGCUUACAAGGAGCCGGACGUCCUCAAGAACCGUGGUGACGUACCUGGAGCCCAGGAUGGAGCACCCGGUCCUGGCACCGGUCAGGUAGAUGAAAACGAGGAAGUGAUGCGCGCACUGCUAAUCCACGAGAAGAGGAGUGGUGCAGGCGCCGGUCCAGGUGGAGCAAGCGCCGCUGCGAGGGCUCUCACCUCUGCCUCUGCCAACGCCAGUGACUCAGACAGCGACACCAGCGAGUCGGACGAUGACUCGCCCCCGGGUCCUCCUCCUGCCGCGGCCGCGCAGCAUCGGGGCGAAGAGGAGGAUGAUGAGGACGACGAUGAAUUUGAGGAAGUGGGCGAUGAGCCGACAGUGAUGGUGGGAGGCCGGCCCUUCUCGUACAGAGAGGUGAGCCAGAGGCCAGAGCUGGUGGAGCAGAUGUCUGCACAGGAGAAGGAGGCCUACAUCGAGAUGGGCCAGAACCUGUACCAGGACAUGUUCUUCUGAACCAGUCGGUCACAGCGUGGGUUCACUCUGCUGUGUCGCUGCUGUGUCAGUGGGUACAUCUGUGCACACAGCUCGUUUUAAACAUGCUGCUCAACAAGUAUUCAGCCUGCUUCAGCGUCCUUCCUUCCAUUAAUGAGGACGUACUCUGACAGUGUUGCCCCCCCCCGCCCCCCGUGUAGUGUUCUGUCCCAAGUAUUUUUAAAUGCACCACCCUACAACCCUAGAAGGAGCUGCCUAGCUGCACAGUGCCAACUGUUUUGUCUUUAGUUUAAAUCUUGUUGCCUGUUUCUCUUAUGUCCCGUUUAAAUGUGUCAGGUGUUUUACUCAGUAAAUUUCAGCGCUCAGUUUCGUGUCGUGGACGGGAAAAAUAGAUUUCUACAAACAAGCGUAUGCAGCAGUGAGCUUGGAAAACUUAGAGGUGUGAGUGCUGGAGCUGCACACACACUGAUGGAGAACUGAAGAACCUGUGAGGACGAAGCAGCUGGCUUUACAUUCUGUGAUUUAUUUUUUAUUAUUUUUUUUUUUUAGUUAACAGACGGGACGUUUAAAAACUGAUCUCAGCCAGACGGAGCAUGUGGCUAACAGCGAAACAUUUGUUCUUUGGAGCAGUCUGUAAUAAAAAGAUACUGUGGUGAAGGAGGAGAGUCUUUAUACCAUAAACAUACUUUUUGACCAUCUCUGACAUGUUGUUCCUGUGUACUGUCACCAGGGGCAGUGUCAUCACUGUGGUGUUUCUCAACUUUAAGUCUUUAGGCUCAGUGCUUCGAGCUCUGAGCAUUUCACGUGUCAUAUGUUUCUGUUUUACACAAAAUGAUCCCUGUGAGUGUCACCUACUCCAGCCAGUGACCGUGUCAGAUGACAAAACUUUUUAAAAAAUCUGUAAAGGUCAUAAAACUCGAACGGCAAACUGCAAAAGUGCCACAAAGAAAAGCGAUUAACAAUCUUCUGCAGUAUUAAUCUUGGGUUUUACAUGUUCCAGGUUGUUACUGUUGCAGAGGCUAAAAACGAGAAGUGGGAGUUGGUUUGUCGACAGAGGAGAGGAAACGUUUUAUUUGAUUUAUUCUGUGUUGUCGUAGCUGCAGUUUCAGCAGAGUAGCAGAGGCUCAGCAGCAGGUAAGAAUAAAGCUUCUUCAUCGCCAAGUGGAAACGUGCACGUUCAGUGACGAGGACACGUGCAGUUUGCACACCUGUCACUCUACCUGGGCUUCAGUGGUUUUAAUAAAGUAUGACUUUGUAAGUUUACCCAUGUAAAACCUGUUCCUGUGUCAUGUGAUCUGGUUUUCAUCUAAAACAUAAUGUAAAUUAGAAGAACGUGGCACUUCCAGCUGAUUUUAAACCAAGACUCUGAACAUAAGCUGCUCCUGUUCGGGCUGCGUUCAGCAUCAGUUACCACGGUGAUGUAGCAAGACAGCCGCUUUCAUGAAAAUUAAAUCAUCUGACCCGGCAAUUGUGCUCUGUGUACCAGGUUAGAAAUGUAAAUUUAGCCUAAAAUCUGAGUUUUCAUUGCAGUGGUGGUGGGUUUUGAUCGCCAUGGUAACAUGUUGAAAACAUAAUGUGGAAGUGAACCAUUCCCACAGAUUCCUGUACGUACAGGGUCCUGAGUGUUGUACACGUGUAACCUGUGCAGCCGGCACAGACCGAGCACAAAGACAUCACUGAGUUUCCUGGCCUUCUUUUAAAUAUAGUGCUCUAUCACCAGUCUCUGUCUGGUUGGAGCAGGCGGUGCUCACUUGAUCCAUUUUGUGGGGAAGAAGACUCGAAUGAUGCAUAAAAUACCUUUUAAGGGCGCUGAGAAGCCCGUUCUCUCUGAAUGGGCUUUUAGGUUUUGUUAAACCAGCUAAUGCAAAGAAAGCCUGCCUAUGCUGAACUUCACAGUACUGUGGAGAGGACAGAAGUCAUCAUGGACAAAAACAGUGAAGUGAGUGUUUAAAAAGAUGUCUGCGUACCCAUAAUCCUUCAUCAAUGCAAACGCAGCACCAUUGAUUUCACACAAGAGUUUGUAGGUUUUACAUUUUAGUCCAGAUUUCUGUGCAAACGUUUCAGUCACGAGCUGUUCAGAAUAUAAACCCCUUUGUCUUCACCACAGGGGGCAGCACUGAGUCCCAGUAGCCCAGAAUGAUUUGCAGAGAUCGCACAUGUGUGUGUGUGUAUAUGGCAGGGGUGUCCAACUCCAGGCCUCCAGGGCCGGUGUCCUGCAGGUUUUAGAUGUGUCCUUGAUCCAACACAGCUGAUUUAAAUGUCUAAAUGACCUCCUCAACAUGUCUGGAAGUUCUCCAGAGGCCUGGGAAUAACUAAUCAUGUGAUUCAGGUGUGUUGACCCAGGGUGAGAUCUAAAACCUGCAGGACACCGGCUCUCGAGGCCUGGAGUUGGACACCCCUGAUAUAUGGGAACAAACUGCAUACCCACACCCUUUCUUUCUGAUAUAAUUUCUUACAUAAUGACUUUGAUAUUUUACAAACAAAGCACCGCUGUUUGACAAAUCUGCCUGUUUACUGAAGCACAUUCCGUCAGGACAUUGUCACAGCAAUCGAGUCGAGCAAGUAAAUAAAAGUAAGCUUCAGGAGACGC